AUGGGGGUCUGGGUGUGCGCCACGGAGGCCCAGAGACUGAGAGGCCGAGGCUCUAGGAGUUGCGGGGAGCGAGGGGUCUGGGCGGUUUCUGUGGGCGCCGGUUUCCAGGCCCAGGCCUCAGGGGUCGUAAUGGCAGUGAGGGCGCUCAAUGAACCCACCAUCGAUUAUGGCUUCCAGAGGUUGCAGAAGGUUAUUCCCCGGCACCCUGGCGACCCUGAGCGUUUGCCAAAGGAAGUAAUACUCAAAAGGGCUGCAGACCUGGUGGAAGCUCUGUAUGGGAUGCCACACAACAACCAGGAGAUUAUUCUGAAGAGAGCGGCUGACAUCGCGGAGGCCCUGUACAGUGUCCCGCGCAACCACAGCCAGCUCCCGGCCCUCACCAACACCUCGGUCCACGCAGGAAUGAUGGGCAUCAACUCCUUCAGUGGACAACUGGCCGUCAAUGUCUCCGAGGCGUCGCAGGCCACCAACCAAGGGUUCACCCGCAACUCGAGCAGCGUGUCGCCGCACGGGUACGUGCCCAGCACCACCCCGCAGCGGACCGACUAUAACUCGGUGACCACGAGCAUGAACGGCUACGGCACGGCCACCAUGUCCAACAUGGGCGGCUCCCCGACCUUCCUCAACGGCUCCGCGGCCAACUCGCCCUACGCCGGUAAAUGGAGUCGAUCUAGCAGGCAAGUCCCAGGAGGAAGUUGUUUCCCUGUUGAGAAGCACCAAGAUGGAAGGGACUGUGAGCCUUCUGGUCUUUUGCCAAGAAGAUGACUUCCACCCACCUGAGGGAACUGUUGAGUACAUUUGGAGCAGCUGAGAGAUUUCUGAUGCACAGAAGCCAGGCAUCUGGGCCUGCGACCAGAUGGCCAGUGUUUACUGAGACAUUUUCCAGGCAGUUUCUAUAUUUCAUCUAUCUUUCCACCUUAAAAUAAGACAAGCAUUCUUUUCUCAUACUUCCUGUUUUGGAAAUAAAUAUCCACAACUUUGACUGCAGGGGUAUCUGAAAAUCAAAUCGCAGGGAUGUUUUCUGGGACAGCAAAUGUUUAUUACCAGAUGCUUUCAGUUGGGCUCAUUGAAUACAGAGACGUCAGUUAUUUCAUAAGUGUCACUUCAAAGGCUGAUGUUGAAAGCUUGCCAUGUUUAUUUCAUAGGACACGUUUUCACAUUUCAAGUUUCCAUAGUACAUGCAGUGAAAUAAAGAUUCUUGAUUACCGUUAUAUGAAAAGGAGGACCUUAAUUAAAUAACAUCAAUGAAAAUUGAAAGAUCUGAAAUGCAGUAAGCCCCAGGGACAUUAAUUACUAAUACAGGCAUUAUUUGGAAUGAUGUAAAUGAGAUGAAAAUGAAAAAGCGUUUGUUAGCAGACUAUUUCACUUUUUAUACAUCUGUCAAUAUAUCUGUUCCAUUUACAUAGUACUGGUGCGAAUGAAAUAUGUAUAUUAAAUUGACAGUUCUUUGCAUGCUUUUCUGCAAAAAGUGGUAAGUUUCAUUUAUAUGUAAAAACAAUAUAAUUGGAGGAAUCACCUUUAUCUUUUAUUUUGAUGAGAUAAGAAAAUGGCUUUACUUCAAGUACAAGUAUUUUAAUUAGUUCAAAACAGAUUUCUAUUUGGGUCAUUUUUGGACAUUCGACAUGUCUUUCAGAUAGCGUUUAGUUUUCUUUAUAAACAACAAGUGAUCCAUAUAUACUGGAGUGGGUAGGUUUUUGGGGCACAGUUCUCAAAUUUGUCCAAUAGCCCCAAUUCUCUUAGGCUAAUACUUCAAGCAUGAAUGUGUCAUGGUUAAUAAAAAUUGCCUUUCAUUAUAAAACAGAGAAAUUUUAGUCAUAGGCCUACCCCCAUCCCUUGGUUACACGCACAUUUACAAUCUACUGUGGUUCCAUGGAAAUUUCAGAUUGUAUAGGGCUGAAAAGUGAACCCUUGUGUUCUCAGGAGAUUUUGAAAAAAUACAAAAACUUCUUUAUUUCUGUUUAAAAAUGUUUAAUGCAUCAUUUCUUCAUUUAAAUUCCAUUUUCCAUUUUCCUUCCACUGUUAUCCAAUUUUGUGCUUAAAAUGCCACCGGAUCCUAAAUCCGGAAUUAUCUCUAUUACAUUGUAAAUGAGCACUUAAAAAAAAAAACCUCAGCUUUUGAUGUGAUUUGAUGGAGCCUCAUCCCUUCCCCAGUGCAUCUGGGUCUGGGUUAGUGGCUGGCAUCACUGGGCUGCCAGAGCUGAGACACUGCAGCUGGGGACUCAUGCCAGCAUCAAGCCUGCUUAGGGUUAUUCAGGUUCUUCUGGUCCAAUUUUGAUCUUCCGGGCUUCUGUUUUUCCCUUCUGCUGCCUACUUUUUUCCCCCCUCUUGGUUAUUUAAUUUACUGUUUGUGAGUUUCAAUUAAGGAGUGAGCCAGUAGGUGUCACUUUAUUAUUCACAUUGCAGCUGCUAGUCAAGAUUCAAAAGAAUAAAAUUCUGAAAACUUAAAGGGGGUAUUAAAAAUGAUCUUUAAAUCCAGUUAACAGAACUCUUUCCCUCUGUUUGGAGUGUCUGUGUUUAAAUUCUGUGUCUAAAACAAAAUACUUUUGUCAAUAAGUGUCUUUCUCUUAUAAGUCAAUCUUAGAACUAUGUUAUGAAAGCAACUCCAUAAUACAUGAAAAAAACC